AGUAUUUAUUCUCCAUUAAACCCUAGAGAGAGAUAGCUGCCGCUGCAUUUGCCAGAGAAUUGCAUUUUAUUUCUGCAGUAACACUACCCUCGAUAGAGAUGAAGGUUAUAGCGGCGUACUUGUUGGCGGUUUUGGGCGGCAACGCCAGCCCCUCCGGCGAUGAUUUGAAGAACAUUCUCGCCUCAGUUGGGGCUGAUGCCGAUCAGGACAAAAUAGAGUUGCUGUUGUCUCAAAUUAAGGGAAAAGAUAUCACCGAGUUAAUUGCUUCCGGAAGGGAAAAGUUGGCUUCAGUCCCUGCCGGUGGUGGUGCGGUGGCUGUUUCUGCACCUGUUGGUGGUGGUGGAGGUGGUGCUGCACCAGCAGCAGCUGCCGAGACCAAGAAAGAAGAGAAGGUGGAAGAGAAGGAAGAAUCUGACGACGAUAUGGGCUUCAGUCUCUUCGACUAAGAAAAUGCGCUCAAGUGGUAAUGAGCAUUUCUAUUUUUUUACUGUAGUAGAGAAUUAUCUGUUUUUGGUUUUUCGACUUUGAAAAUUUUCAUCGAAUUGGAGAUAUAGUUUUCUUAGUUUUUUCUGAGUUACAUUUCCGUUUUUAUUAACUGCUGUCCAAACACAUCGUAUCAAUGGUCUUGCUUUUAUCUUUUGUUGGA